AUGGUGGAAAAAACUAUGGGUCGAAACGAUGAUGACAUUGACCUUGCGAUAGACAUCACAGAAGCAUUUGAUCAUGAAUUAUCAGAGGAAGAAAAUCAAUCUCCAGUGAAAAAGGCAAAGGGAGCUCUACUAAGGGGAAACAUACUGGAAGCAAAAGAAUUUGCACGGGAUGCCUUUCAAGAGCUUUUGCCGGAGGAUAUUGAUAUUUACUGCGCAGACAAUUUCUACGCCUUGAAGUGCUUUUGUCUAGUCCGUUUGUUCGAGAAGGAGUUUUGGGAUCCAUUUUCAUUAAUUUUGUCAAAAGAAUAUUGGAUACCUGUUAUACAUGGUCCAUACGACCUCCAGGGAAUCAAAAACUUAUUCAAAGAAAUAGAAGAGUUGGCUUUUGCUUAUCUUAAACAAGAUGAUUACUGUUUGAUUGCUAAAGGAAUCUGCAUCGAAUUGCUCAUGUCCUACGGAGAGCUUUCACAUGUGUUUUCUAGUCAGUCAGUCGUGUCCUAUGUCAACAAGAGAACGAGUGCGGUCGAAUUUCAUAUUUGUAACAUGUAUUUUCGAAAGGGAAAUCCUCAAGUCGUAUGUUCAAUUUACAGAAAGAGAGAUCGCUGUAACUGGAUAUGGGAUGCAGAUAAUCUUUAUAUUUGGGCGUUAGCUCUCAGGGAACUUGGAAAAUUAGAUGUUGCUCUGACGAAAGUGGAAGAAGCUCUUCACAUAUUUCAAGAGGAGAUAAGAUUGGUAGGAUUUUUAUUGGCUCUUGGAUGA